AUGGCCUUACUACAGAAUGCUAAAGAAACGACGUACACCAUCUUCUGCGCACCGCAAACCCCGCCUAACUGCGACCUCGCUGUCGAGUUUCCCUUCGUCUUUGCUGAAGGCGAGAACACGCUGCAGUUUCAUGGCACCAAAACGUCAACGCUCAUCGCCGACCUGGGAUGCACACUUAGCGGAACGACAGCUGCGACAUGCUCGGGUUACUCAAGCCUGAGGAGCGGAUACAUUAACGGCAAAUUAACGGGCCCGACCGAAGUAUCGUGGACCUCGACCAUGACCGGCUCGGAGGUACAAUGGGGUGUCCUGACACUGGCUGAGGAGGGUGCUGCGGCGACUCCAGCGCCGACCACCGCGACCGACGACCCGGACUUCGACGACUUCCUCUACACGGACACCAUUUCCUCCUCACUACCCGCCGAGACCAAUCCUAGCGCCGCCUCACGUCUCGGUUUCGGCUGGGCUCUUGCCGCAUCAUUAUGUAGCAUGGCUGCCGUCACUUUGAUGACAUGA